AUGUUUGAGGCCCACAUGCAGAACUACAAGGGUGACGACCCACUUGGUGAAUGGGAAAGUUACAUGCAUUGGGUAGAAGAGAACUUUCCUGAAAAUAAAGAAUACUUGGCAAUGUUACUACAACAUUUAAUGAAGGAAUUUUUAGAUAAGAAGCAAUAUCACAAUGACCCAAGAUUUAUCAAUUACUGUUUACAAUUUGCUGAGUACAACAGUGACCUUCAUCAGUUUUUUGAGUUUCUGUACAACCAUGGGAUUGGGACCCAGUCGUCACCAGUGUACAUAGCCUGGGCUGGGCAUCUGGAAGGCCAGGGAGAGCUGCAGCAUGCCAGUGCUGUGUUUCGGAGAGGAAUUCAGAAGCAGGCAGAACCUCGGGAGCUACUGCAACAACAGUACAGGUUAUUUCAGAAACGCCUCACUGAAACACAUUUGCCAGUUCAAGCUAGAGCCUCAGAACCUCUGCAUGAUGCUCAGAUUAUAACUCAAACAAUAGCGUCACACUCACAUCCAGGAAAUAAUUUGGGCUGUAUUUCUAAGAAUCAGGGUUCAGAACUUCCUGGAGUAACAUCUUCAACUUGUGAUAUAAAGUCGAAUAGGGAACAAAGGGUGAUCAUGAUUUCAAAAUCAGAAUAUUCUGCACACCCAUCUUUGACAGCCAAAGCCGAUAUUAAGCAAGUGGUUAUGUACUGUAAGGAGAAGCUUAUUCGUGGAGAAUCAGAAUUCUCCUUUGAAGAACUGCGAGCCCAGAAAUAUAAUCAACGGAGAAAACAUGAACAGUGGGUAAAUGAAGACAGACAUUAUAUGAAAAAGAAAGAAGCAAAUGCUUUUGAAGAGCAGCUAUUAAAACGAAAAAUGGAUGAACUUCACAAGAAGCUGCAUCAAGUCGUGGAGACAUCACACGAGAACCUGCCCACCUUUCAGGAAAAACCUGAGGUUCAUACAACAUGCACGGGGCCAAGUGUGGGUACCCAGGAGAUGCUGAGAGAAUCGUUUGUUCCUGCCAUAGAUCAGCCAACCGCAAGCAGCAUGAGAGAGAGGCCCAGAGAGGCACUUCCUAUUGUACCACUUAUGGCAAACCCUCUCAGUGCUGCUCUGGUGUCUCCAGCCACCGGCCCGGUGGGAGCUCACCCUGUUCGUUUGACAGCACAGCCAGUGACAGACUCUGUUUUGACAGCAGCCAGCAAAGGCACCAGAUGUGUGAGUAAAAGUACUCAUGAAUUCAAGCCUCAGAGUGGAGCAGAGAACAAAGCAGCAUAUGAAGCACCUAAACUGACUACUGCAAAUUCUUUUCAUACAACUCCAAACACAUCCCUGGGAAUGGUUCAGGCAACACCAUCAAAAGUGCAGCCAUCGCCCACGGUCCACACAAAAGAAGCAUUAGGUUUCAUCAUGGAUAUGUUUCAGGCUCCCACACUUCCUGUUAUUUGUGAUGACAAAGAUAAUUGGUUAUCUCUAGAUGAAAAUGAAGAUGCAUUUGAAGCCCAGUUUCAAAAAAAUGCACAGUCAUCAGGGGUUUGGGGAGUCAAUAAGAUUAUUUCUUCUUUGUCAUCUGCUUUUCCUGUAUUUGAAGAUGGAAACAAAGAAAACUAUGGAUUACCACAGCCUAAAAAUAAACCCACAAGAGCCAGGACCUUUGGAGAACGCUCUCUAAGAAGACUUUCCAUAAAACCAAAUGAGGAAGUACCUCAGACUGAGGAGUUUUUGGAUGAUUCAACCAUAUCGGGCAUUCGCUGCAAUAAAACCCUGGCACCCAUUCCUAGAAGCAUUGGAGACUUUACAUCAGAUGCUCAUCUUGCAUCUACCCCAUUCCACAAACUCCCAGUAGAUUCACUGAACACUCUAGAAGAUAAAGAAAAUGUGUUAUCAAAACCGGGCACCCUUGUGACUUUAGAUUCUCAUGAAGAAAACAGGGUGGAGCCCUCAAAAACCAAAAAGUUCAGUCCAAUUCAAGAAAAAACUUCAGAACAAGCAUUAUCCAUAGACAUGCCUCCUGCCCCCUUGUUGGGUCUGAGCCAGCCUGCUGCAUACGAUGUGCUUACCAGUGAAGCUGAGCAGAGCCUGGAGGCUUGUAAACUCACAGACCCUGAUGUUGCCAUGGAGGAGGACCCAUCAGGCGUCAGUGCUGGGCUCCGAGCAGAACCAGUGCCGAGCAGUUCAGUUGGAAAUGCCGAUGCUCCAAAUUUCAUUGUUGAAAACCCAUGGGAUAACACUUUGAUUCUGAAGCUUUUAUCUGGACUUUCUAAACCAGUGAGCACCUAUCCAAAUACUUAUGAAUGGCAAUAUAAACUUCCACCCAUUAAGCCUAAGACAGAAUUUCAGUUGGGUUCCUUUGUGAUCUACGUUGAUCAUCUGCUUGGAGAAGGAGCCUUUGCCCAAGUCUAUGAAGUGACCCAAGAAGAUGUGAAUGAUAGCAAAAAUAAACAGAAAUUUGUUUUAAAGGUCCAGAAGCCUGCUAACCCUUGGGAGUUCUACAUUGGAGCCCAGCUGAUGGAAAGGCUAAAGCCAAGCAUACAGCCCAUGUUUAUCAAAUUCUACUCUGCACACUUCUUCCAGAAUGGCAGUGUGUUAGUGGGAGAUCUCUACAGCUAUGGGACAUUACUGAACGCCAUUAACCUCUAUAAAAAUACCCCAGAAAAAGUGAUGCCUCAAGCUCUAGUUAUCUCUUUCACUAUCAAAAUGCUCCACAUGAUUGAACAAGUCCAUGCCUGCGAAAUCAUUCAUGGAGACAUUAAGCCGGACAAUUUCAUAUUUGGGCAAAGAUUUCUAGAACAGGAUGCUGAAGAUGAUGAUUUAUCAGCAGGCUUGGCAUUGAUUGACCUGGGUCAGAGCAUAGAUAUGAAACUUUUUCCUAAAGGAACAUCAUUUACAGCCAAAUGUGAGACAUCUGGUUUCCAGUGUACUGAAAUGCUCAGCAAGAAACAAUGGACCUACCAGAUCGAUUACUUUGGAGUUGCUGCAACAGCGUACUGCAUGCUCUUCGGCACUUACAUGAAAGUGAAAAACGAAGGCGGGGUCUGGAAGCCUGAAGGUCUCUUUAGACGGCUUCCUCAUUUGGAUAUGUGGAAUGACUUUUUUCACAUCAUGUUGAAUAUACCAGACUGUCAUCAGCUUCCAUCUUUGGAUGCUUUAAGGCAAAAGCUGAAGAAAGUAUUUCGACAACACUAUUCAAACAAGAUUCGGACCCUGCGUAACAGACUGAUUGUACUGCUCUUAGAAUACAAGCGCUCACGGAAAUAA